GGUGGUGCACAUGUGGCCUAUAACCUAUUUUAGAGAAAUAUAAUCAGAAUAUUGUAAGAGCUUUCAUUGUCUGCUUAUAUGCCCCCCUUAUUUAUCCUACGGUUCUGCCUUGGUGUACAGGGAGAACACUGCAUCCCACUUUUUUUAUUUUGUUUGCCCCAACCAAAAUGUACAUGAUAAAAUGCCAUUGAUCACGUGUCAUGUUCAGGGACGUGAACUCCACUUGUGGGAUCAUGAGUCGACGACAGCAGUCAGAAUAGAAUUUAGCGCCAUAGGAAAGGGGAUCUCAAUGCUUUGCAGUCGCUUCCUCUCCUUGCUCCCUUCUCUUCAUCCAUACUGACCUGUGACUCAUGGAUAGGUAAAAGCAGAUAACCUAAGCAUAGAUUUCCCGACUUCUGCAUUGUUAAUUAGGCAGGGAGAGAAGGAAGCCUUAUUAUACGAUUGAGAUGCGCACAGGGUGCUGGCAGAAUAGUAGUACGGCGCAGCACGCACCCAAUAAAAAAUGUAUUGAGCAACAUGUUCUAAUGGUUUUUAACAUAUAUAAUUUUGUGUUUUAUUUUCAGUAACAAAUAAUUAUUUAUGCGCGUCGACAGUGUAAAUAGAGCAAUGCACGCGUCUGCUGGGACGGGAGUUUUUAUCUUGUCCUUGACAUCAAUACCCAUUUCAUUUUUCUUCAACUCUCUGAUCUACACUAACAGCAUUGAGACAGUCUUUUUCGCUGGAUCUACAACUGUUCUUAUCUUGGCUAUAUCUGCAUGCUUUCUAUUCAAGAAGAAGGCACCCAAAGACCCUCUAUUCUAUGUGUUUGCAGUGUAUGCAUUCCUGAGUGUGGUAAACCUGAUCAUUGGUCUGGAGCAGGACAGUAUCAUCGAUGGUUUCAUCACCUUCUAUCUCAAAAAUGCAAACCCCUACAUUAACACGGCCCAUGGACACAUUAUCUCCUAUUGGGAUGGAUGUGUCCACUAUCUCAUGUACCUGCACAUGGUUGCAGCUAUAACCUGGGGGGCAAGCUACAGAGCCAUCGGCCUGUACUGGGUGGGGUCCAUUCUCAUGCGUGUCAUCGUCUACAUUCCUGGAAAUGUUGUGGGGAAGUAUGGUACCCAGCUGAGCCCCCUGUUCCUGGUCCACAUGCUCUACGUCGUAGUUUCGGUGUGGGCCUGCUUCCGCGUCUUCAGCCAGUCCACCACCAGACAGGCUCGGACAAUGAGUAUCAAUGAGGCCCAGAGGACUACUCUAUUGGAGAGGCCCCUAGACUUUCUGUUUGUCAUCUACCUCGUCCCUGCUACAUUUUUUUGUGUCUUCAGAGGCCUGGUGGCCCUGGACUGCCCGACAGAGUGGUGUCAGGAGUACACACAGCUAUAUGAACCUUACCUGAAGGACCCCUCGUCUUAUCCUAAAAUACAGAUGAUAGUGAACAUGCUUUACUCCGGUCCGUACUACAUCAUUGCACUCUACGGGCUGCUCGUGCCUGGGUGUGAGUGGAUGCCUGACCUCACUCUGGUCCACUCUGGGGCAAUAGCACAGGCCCAGUUCUCCCACAUCGGUGCAUCUCUCCACACGCGGACGCCAUUCUCCUACAGAGUACCAGCUGACAGCCAGAUUGUCUUUCUAUUAGUCAACGCCGUGUAUGCCAUCGUACCCCAAGCCCUCUGCUACCGCUGUGUCACUAGCCCUGCCUUCUUCCUCAGAGACCAACAAAAUGACAAGAGGACUGACUGACGGAACUGGCUGACUGACCAACUGACUGGCUGGCUGACCGACUCAGGCCUUGACUACGCAGAAACCAGUCCAAAAGUAUCUCUCUGCCUAUCAUAACCGCAGAAACCAGUCCAAAAGUAUCUCUCUGCCUAGCAUAACCGCAGAAACCAGUCCAAAAGUAUCUCUCU